GUCUGACUUUUUUGCCCGACGCCCAGUAAGCAUAGGCAAUGUGGCAACGAUGAUGUAAAAGGGAGAACAAUUGGGCGUUGCUCGACCUGGUUUAGAUAUGCCAUCGAGGGAGUGCGAUGCCUGACAUAUCGAACUUGGUAACUUGUAAACUUUGCUUUCUAGAGUCUCAUGGCCAAGACAUGUGUAUCCAUGUAUGCUCACGGUUCUUGCAGGACCGUCGGUGAGCGCUGGUGGAUUUGGGGCGUCCAAUGCCGGACCGAGGCGCCGGUCUAUUGUACUGUGUGCAUUGUUCCCAGAAGGCGAGGCUUUUUGUUCCCGAACGUUGGCAGGAGCACUGCGAGCGAACAAUUAGAAGGUACAAUGGCUUUCAAGCACAAAAGGCAGUCCUGCUAUGCAUCGUUCUCUCAGAUACUAAAGCAACCCCGGGCUGGCCCUUGUUCUCCCUGCUCUUCGCUGUUCGUUACCUAGCUGAGCUAGCUCCUCGAGCAUUAUAUUUCCUUGGAACUAUUAACCAUAUAUCACAACUUAACGACGUGUACGAUGAACUCCAGUGAGUAUUCCUUCUCUUCUUUCUGUGUCUUUAGACACUCAAUCUCAAUACUCUCGAACAGUUUUCUCAAGCAAUCGCUUACUACCAAAUCUCAAGCGUCGACAUCGCACACGCUCGAAGCAAGAUAUUGCUUCUUCAGCAAAAGCGAAACCCCUUGACAUUCUUCCGGGACUUACAGAAGAAGAGGACGAGACUCGUCACUCCACCUCUUCCACGUCAUCUUCAUCAUACACUUCUCCAUUCUGCGCCAGCCGCAGUGCAGGCGGGAAUAUGACUCUUGGCGGUCGCAACUCUGAAGCAUGGGACGUUGUCGACAUCAAGCGCGAAUCCCGACGUAUCGUUCUCACUGGUGCAGAAGGACUUACAUUUGACGACUUCUUCCCCAUGUACAAUGCACCUCCACGACCUGCUCCCAAGCCUCCAGUCUCAACUAUGGAGUCACCGCUGGAUGAGAUCAACUUGCGUUUCUCCGGUUUAGGGAUCUCCCUUGACUUUCCUUCGCCACCUCAUCAGUCCUCCUGCAGCUCGCGGAGAGAUCAAUCACCCACACCUUCCGAAUCAAGCACUACGACUUCGAGCGGUUCUAGUUCUUCUUCCAAGAUGCCAAUGACUCCUCCCACAUCCGACGACGAGUCGCAUCCUCGCACGCAUCUUGCUCGUGCGCCAACAUGCAAGUCACAUCGGGCGUCCAUUCUUUACAUUAAGUCAAUGCCGGAUUUGAAGCAGUCGCUUCCUCGGCAACCAGCUAUUCAGGAUUCUGAGGAGGAGUGGAGUGAUGGCGAAGAUGCUUCAUGGCUUGCCCAAGACAUCAGCGACAUCGUCACGCUGUCAUCUCCUCUUCACACUCCCACCUCGAAGUCUUAUUCCGAGCAGAGAGCUCGCCCUGAUUCCAUUCCUCCACCACCUCGCCACAGCGGUCGCGGCAGACAAUCCAAACUUGUUCCUGUUGCUCCCCUCUCCAUUCAGACCCCAGCCUCACGCGGUCCAAGUGCACAGUUGGACCCCACUUUCCAUACAGGCAGGCGACGAUCUCGUUACAUCCCGUCUCGCCCUCCUCCACCUCCCCCAGUCACGAUCAUCGAGCCCUGCCGCUCUCCUACCAUGGAGGAAAAGACUGACGAGCUCCUCGCUCUGCUCGCCAAUGCUGCUCUGGAUAGCAACUUCCUCGGUUCUGGUCUCGCCUCUGACGCUGAGCAAUUCGCUUCUACGCCUGUGACUCCAAGCAGCAUGUUCGCCAUCACCACACCCACUGCUACGCGCCCCCCACCGAGAAUGUCCAUCCCCGCCGACAUCAAUGACUUCAUUGAUGACAUUCCUGUCACUGACGUCUCGGACGCCGGGUUUGACUUGAUCGUUACAGAGCCAGAUGAAGAACACGAUCGUCCGAUGACUCCUGAGAGCAUUAGCAUCUAUUCUCAAGCCAGCAUGAGCAUGGACGCUCUUCCCACCUCGCCCGUUUCCUCCUUUGACUUCAACAUCCAAACACCCACUCGUUCAGAGAGCCCCAUGGCGGGUAUGUACCAAUCUCCUCAUUUUUCAUCCUUCACCACGGCCGCUGCCGAUGUCGCUUCCUCGUCUCCAACCCUCUCGCACGAAUUUGACUCCACUUCAAUGAUGCGCGAAAGAAACUUACGCUCACGUUGGUCUUCAUCCACUCUCGCAUCCGAAUUUCACGCCCAUCAACAUCGACAACAGCUUCCCUUAUCACCUUCUGCUUGGAUCACCCGCUUCCAUCUCGGUAGUAGUUCCUCAUCUUCGCCUACGAAGUCCAGGUCGCCAAAGCCUAGCAAGUCUGGCCCAAAGGUCCCUCUGAGUCCUGCGGCGAAGAAGUCUUUGGAUUUGGACAGGGGUUCUGGCUUGACCAGACGCGACAGCAGCAGUAGCUCCAGGACGUCCUCGAGUGACAGUGCGAGCGACAGUGGAGAAAGCACUUCCAGCUCUGGCUUGCGAAGGAAAGCGAUCCCCGUUGAGCUCUUCAUGCGUGCAUGAAUGCUCCGUUGAGUACUCUCAUACCAAGAUACGACCUACUUUUGCCUUCUCAACAACUCAUGGUCGCCAAUCACACGUUCCUUUCGUCUCAAUUUUCAAUACGCAAUCACUCACUGUAUCGAUAGAUAGUUCGGUUUUCUAGCUCUCUUCGUCUCGCUCUCAAGUAUCUGUUUACUUUCGCACACUCUUCGUAAUUCGCUUUCCUGUGUUUGCAUAACUAUUGUAUUGCUUUCGUUCACGUCCACGUACAUAUCUGUAGCCUCGCGCAUUUUAUUUGUAGUCUUGCUGAUCUCAUUCGCGACUGUACGUACUCUGUCGCGCAUCACAAUCCUUUGUCUAGUUUUGUAGCCCAUAUCGAUAUAACAUUGUUUCAUAACAACUGCAGAGAGACCUGGUUGAUUCACAUCCGGGAUCGAGUUCGAUUAUACUAGCAAGCCUAAAUGGAAGC